AUGAAGUGGAUACUGUUCUUUGGGGCUCUUAUCGGCUCUGGCAUCUGUGACCGAGAAACAUUUUCUGGUGACCAGGUUCUUCGAAUCCUGGCUAAAAAUGAGAAGCAGCUUUCACUUCUCAGGGAUCUGGAGGGCCUGAAGCCACAGAAGGUGGACUUCUGGCGCGGCCCAGCCAGGCCCAGCCUCCCUGUGGACAUGAGGGUUCCCUUCUCUGAAUUGAAAGACAUCAAAGCUUACCUGGAGUCUCACGGCCUUGCUUACAACAUCAUGAUAAAGGACAUCCAGGUGCUGCUGGACGAGGAGAGAGAAGCCAUGGCGAAAUCCCGCCGGUUGGAGCGAAGCACCAGUAGCUUCAGUUACUCCUCUUACCACACCCUGGAGGAGAUCUAUACCUGGAUUGACAACUUUGUAACUGAGCAUUCAGAUAUUGUCUCAAAACUUCAGAUUGGCCACAGCUUUGAAAAUCGGUCCAUCCUUGUUCUGAAGUUCAGCACUGGAGGUUCUCGGCGCCCGGCCAUCUGGAUUGAUUCUGGAAUACAUUCCCGGGAGUGGAUCACCCAUGCCACCGGCAUCUGGAUUGCCAGGAAGAUUGUCAGUGAAUACGGCAAAGACCGCGUCAUAACAGAUGUACUGAAUGCCAUGGACAUCUUCCUGGAGAUCGUCUCUAAUCCCGAUGGGUUUGCUUAUACCCACAGCAUGAACCGCUUGUGGCGGAAGAACAAGUCCAGUAGACCGGGGAUCUUCUGCAUUGGUGUGGAUCUUAACAGGAACUGGAAGUCAGGCUUUGGAGGAAAUGGUUCUAACAACAACCCCUGCUCAGAGACUUAUCAUGGGCCCUCCCCUCAGUCAGAGCCAGAAGUGGCUGCAGUCGUGGACUUUAUCAUGUCCCAUGGGAACGUCAAGGCUCUGAUCUCCAUCCACAGCUAUUCUCAGAUGCUCAUGUACCCCUAUGGCCACUCUCUGGAGCCUGUUUCAAACCAGGAGGAGUUGUACCAUCUUGCCAAGGAUGCAGUGCAGGCCCUGUAUGAGGUUCAUGGGAUCGAGUACAUUUAUGGCAGCAUCAGUACCACCCUCUAUGUGGCCAGCGGGAUCACAGUCGACUGGGCCUAUGACAGUGGCAUCAAGUACUCCUUCAGCUUUGAGCUCCGGGACACAGGGCGCUAUGGCUUCCUGCUGCCCGCCGCGCAGAUCAUCCCCACGGCCCAGGAGACGUGGAUGGCCAUUCGGACCAUCAUGGUGCACACACUGCAUCAUCCCUACUGA